AUGGACUCUCACCUUCAUCAAAACAAUUCUAGUGCUGGUGAGCUUCCUUUGAUUAAAGCUGAGCAAGAUGAACUAAAAGCGAGGGAACCAAACGUUAUUGUGGAACAUGCUCAGGUGAGGCAUGCUACUGUAAAAUCUUUUAUGGAGAUAGACUUUGCUUCCUACCUUCCCUUAGGUGAGUUGGACAUAGGAGGCCUUCCCGAAUUUUAUGAUGAUCUUGACACCAAAGAGGGUCAGCCUGAAGGUGGCUCUUCUUAUACUAGAACUUCCUCCACCCCUCAGGCCGUUACUGUUAUCGAGCCGCUGGCUGUUUUAAACCUUAUUGUACCAUGUAAUGUUGAUGAGAUAGUCUGUAGCCGGAAGAGGGCCAGUCACCCAAGGAUCAUAUCGUCGUCUGGUCUGUUUUUAACUACCGAGAACUCGAUAAUCUUUGUUACAAUUUCCUUUCCAUCGUGGUUGAGUAGUGUCAACAUGAGGUUUCUGGUCCCGAGAAGCUAUAGUUUGUGUCCUGUAAAGCCUACGUAUGGGGCUUAA